UCAGAUAGCCACAGUCGUAGCAAGGUGUAUUCCAUAAGGUGAAGUUACGAACACUGUUGCUUAUUAUUUGUUUAUUUAUGUUGUGAUCGAUAUUUAUAUUUCUUUAUAUUUGUUGUUGUAAUAAACAACUGAAAAGUUUUUUAAAUUAAGUUUUGAACAACAAAUUUUUUCAAAUAAUUCGAGUUAAAUACAUAAAAUUGUGUUUUAAAUAAAAUCAGAAUUACUGCAUAAUAAACCCCAAACAAAAUGGAUGAAGUUAAAUGGUUUUUUAGACAAGCUGGCAAAGAGUUCCUCAAUACUGCCGGUGAUGAUAAGGAUGCAAUAUGUACGAAUAUAAAUGAAAUUUUCAUAAAGAAAGAGGCCGACAUUAAAAGAAUAUUACCCAGUAUUAAAAAUAUUAGAGUGCUUGGCGAUAAGCCUUUGGGCAGUCAUAGGCCACACACAGACAUUCAGUACUUCGAAACAAUACGCCAACAGUGUUUAGAAAACGGUUCUCUUUUUGAAGAUCCACUUUUCACUGCUAGUAAUGAAUCUCUAAUGUUUUCAAAACGUCCCGAUCGCUGCAUUCAGUGGUUGAGACCUCACGAAAUUGCUGAUGAUCCACAGUUUUUUGUUGAGGGCUACUCUAGAUUUGAUGUCCAACAGGGUGAAUUGGGCGACUGUUGGCUAUUGGCUGCUGCUGCAAAUUUAACUCAGUAUUCGAAUCUCUUCUUCCGAGUUGUGCCACAAGAUCAAAGUUUUGAAAAAGAUUAUGCCGGCGUAUUUCACUUCCGCUUCUGGCAGUAUGGCAAAUGGAUAGAUGUGGUUGUAGACGAUAGACUGCCCACGUAUAAUGGUAGAUUGAUAUAUAUGCAUUCAAGGGAAAAAAAUGAAUUCUGGAGUGUCUUAUUAGAGAAGGCUUAUGCCAAACUACAUGGUUCUUAUGAGGCUCUCAAAGGUGGUUUCACCUGUGAGGCUAUGGUAGAUUUUACAGGCGGCGUUACUGAAUGGUACGAUUUAGUAGAAGCUUCUUCUAACCUAUUCAACAUUCUCGCCAAAGCAGCUGAACGCAAUUCAAUGAUGGGUUGCUGUUUAGAAGGCGAUCCAAAUGUGUUAGAUGCUAAAACGCCAGAAGGUCUCAUCCGGGGACAUGCCUACUCCAUUACCAAAGUAUGUAUGAUUAAUAAUGUCAUGCCUAAUCGUCAGGGCAAUAUACCCAUGAUACGUAUACGUAAUCCCUGGGGCAACGAAGCUGAGUGGAAUGGCCCCUGGAGCGAUAGUUCUCCUGAGUGGAGCGACAUUUCCGAUGAGAAGAAACAUGAGAUUGGCUUGAACUUUGACGGCGACGGCGAAUUUUGGAUGAGUUUUCAAGAUUUUUUGAACCACUUUGAUCGUGUGGAAAUUUGCAAUUUAUGCCCCGAUUCCCUAACGGAAAGCCAACAGAAUGAUGGCAAGCGCAAGUGGCAAAUGACCAUGUUCGAGGGUGAAUGGACGGCUGGUGUAACUGCGGGGGGUUGUGGUAAGUUCCUGGAUACCUUCUGGCACAAUCCUCAAUACGUCAUUUCCUUAGAGGAUCCCGAUGAGGAAGAUGACGAUGACAAAUGUACUGUAAUUGUGGCUUUAAUGCAAAAGAUUAGUUGUGCCAAGCGUAACAUUGGUAUGGAGUGCUUAUCUAUAGGUUUUGCCGUCUAUCAUCUAAAUGAACGAGACAUGCAAACCCGUCCCCUGGGCUUAGAAUUCUUCAAAAACAAGGCUAUGGUGGCACGAUCGCCUCAUUUCAUAAACACCAGAGACGUUACAGCUCGUUUUAGAUUGCCUCCUGGCCACUAUUUGGUUAUACCUUCCACCUUCGAUCCAAAUGAAGAGGGAGAAUUUAUUAUACGUUUCUUCUCCGAAACGCAAAACAAAAUGGAGAAUGUAUCUUAGUUGCAAAUUUCUAGUGUUCCAUUUUAUUUUUGUCUGUGUAUAUUGUUAAGAAUGCUAUUUAAAUACAAUUUGUAUAUUACUACACAGACAAAACAGAUUCGCAAUAGCAACCGAAUUUGUUGCCAAUCGAAUGAUUCUGCCUUAGUGACCGAAUUUUAAAGUUGUGGCUACAAAAUUUUAGAAUUGGUAAUAAAAGUUUGGUUGCUUCAACCGAAUUUCUUCUUUAUCCACUGAUAUUCUGUUGCUAUUAAUAAAAAAUACGAUUUGUACAACCGAAUCAUUCGAUUGGCAACAAAUUCGGUUGCUAUUACGAAUCUAUUUUCUCUGUGUAGCUUUUAACCCGCUAGCUACUUCGUUA